UUUAAGUUUCAUUUCUUUCAUUUCUACACUAACACACUUUUCUCUUCAUUGUCUAUAGAGAGGAAACCACAACACUGACAGCCACAGACAGAGGAAAGUGGAGGUUUUUAUAUGAUGUGAGCAUGAAUUGAUCUCAUUUUACCAAUUAGCAGGAUGGUGGAAGCAUCUCUACUGUCUCUACUGCUCUUUCUGAGCUCACUGCUGUGCUGCACAACAAACCAAGCCUUUCUGACUCUGAGUCCCAGCAGCUCUCAGUUUUUUCAAUGGACGUCUUUUUCUCUGAACUGUGAGGAAGAUGACAGCUCUGCUGGAGGUACAGUAAGGAGGAACACAACUAAAGAAACCAGAGCUGAGUGUGGAGAUGAAUGGGGAACAUCAGCUGGUUCCUCCUGUAAAAUGGGUCUAAUUUUCCCCUGGGACAGUGGGGUUUACUGGUGUGAGUCUAGAGAGGGAGCAACCAGCAACAGCAUCAACAUCACUAUCACUGAUGGAUCAGUGAUCCUGCAGAGUCCUGUCCUCCCUGUGAUGGAGGGAGAUGAUGUCACUCUGCACUGUAAAACAAAGACCUCCAACCUCCCAGCUGAUUUCUAUAAAGAUGGCUCCCUCAUCAGGACUGAGCCUACAGGUCACAUGAUGAUCCACCAUGUUUCCAAGUCUGAUGAAGGCCUCUACAUGUGUCACAUCAGUGGUCAUGGAAAGUCUCCACCCAGCUGGAUCACUGUCACAGGUAAACCUACAACCACAGCCCCACCCCUGGUCUCUUUGGCUCCACCCCUCACAUCUGCAACCACGCCCCCUGACUAUAUAGCCACGCCCCCAGCCUCAGCUCCCCCCCAGUUUGUGUUCAGACUGGUCUGCCACCUAGUGGUGUUCUGUCCGUACUUCAUCUCCACUCUCCUCAUGGUGUCUUUAUAUCGACACAGGCCCAAAGGAAAUGACCGGCCCAUCUCCAUGGUGAUGAACCCACUCACCCAGGCUGAGCAAGGAUUGGAUGAUUAUGACGUCAUCACCUCUGUCACCACAAAGCAUCACUUCUGAACUGAACAGAUGUGUUUUACAUGAUAUUAUAUCAUUUUAAAUUCUAUUCUAUUCUAUUAUAUGCUUUAUAAGGAUGCUAUCGCUUUCAGAAUUGAAUGUGCCACCAGCUCCUCAGCUUUGUCAUUCAGAAUAUCCAUGUGAGCGUUGGACCAUCAGAUGUUUUGGAAUAUAAUGAGAACAGACAGACAAAGCUCUGCCAGCAAUAAUAAACCAGUUUUGAAUGAUAUAACCUUUAUUAAGGAAAAGAUGACGACAGAAAGUUUGCAUCUACUCUGAGUCUCUGGUGUUGAGUUGUUAUAUAUCAUUUCCCCAGUAAAGCCUUGUUGAAGCACUGAAGCUUGAUGAUGACGAAAUGAUGAAUCAUUUUUGUAUAU